AUGACAUCAUCGGAUAAUCUUCCUCUUAAUGAACUUGAAAAGGAAUUGCUAGAUCCGAAUUCGGAAUGUUAUUUGGAAAACUUGUUGGAUGUAGUCUCAGCAUUGGUUAGUGACUGUGACUUUCCUUCCGCUAAAAAUUCGAAAAGCGUGCAGUCUUUCCUUAAAAAAUAUAGUCAAGCUGCCAAAAUUAUUGAAUCACGUCGGACAAAAUAUAAUGAUUUUGAAUUAAUUAAAGUGAUCGGGCAAGGAGGAUUCGGCCGAGUUGAAUUAGCCAGACACAAGCGUACACGACGUGUUUAUGCCAUAAAAUUAAUGAGUAAACAACACCUAUUAGACCAUAGUCAGUCUGGUUAUUGGGAAGAACGUGAUGUUAUGGUGAAAGCAUCAAGUGAAUGGUUGGUUGCUUGUCAUUAUGCGUUUCUAGAUAAAGACAAUGUUUACCUAUGCAUGGAAUAUAUGCCUGGUGGAGAUUUAUAUUAUUGGUUAGAGAAAUAUGAUACAUUUGAUGAAACUAUUGCACGAUUUUAUCUUGCAGAAACUGUACUUGCUCUUGAAGCAUUACAUGAAUUAGGUUUUAUUCAUCGUGAUUUAAAACCAGAUAAUAUGUUAUUAGAUGCUGGUGGACAUUUAAAAUUAGCCGAUUUUGGUUCUUGUGUACGUGUUGGUGAUGAUGGUUAUUAUUAUUGUACAUCUCCUAUUGGUACACCAGAUUAUAUUAGUCCUGAAAUGUUAAGUUGUCAAGCAAAAGCUGGUAAAAUUGGACCUGCUUGUGAUUGGUGGGCUUUAGGUGUAAUAGCAUAUGAAAUGUUUUUUGGUGAACCAGCAUUUUAUGGACAAUCAUUAGUGGAAACUUAUAGUCGUAUAUUAGGUCAUGAAAAAUCUUUACGUAUACCAACGGAUGCUGAUCCAAUUUCAUCAGAAACUGAAUUAUUUAUUAAAGAUUUAUUAAAAUCAUCUACAACACGUUUAGGUUCAUUUGAUUUAUUAACAGAAAUAGAAAUUAAAUCUGCUAAUAAUAAUCGUGCUGUUGCUGCUGCACAACAAGUUAAAUCUCAUAUUUUCUUUAAAUCAAUACAUUGGGAACAAUUAAGAUCAGAGAAUGCACCAAUUCAACCAAUAGUUAAUUCAGAAACUGAUACAUCCAAUAUUAAUUUUGAUGAAAGAGAUUUAAGUUCAGAUAGUAGUAGCGGUGGUGGUGGUGGUGGUAUCAAAUUACCACAUAGUGGUGGAGCAUUUGCACCAGCUCGUCCACAACCACCUGCAUAUUUUACUGGUAGUAAUUUAUCAUUUGCUGGUUUUACAUUUAAUCGUUAUCAUCGUUAUUUAGAAAUGUUCUCUCAUAAUUUAAAUCAUAAUAAUAAUAAUAAUAAUAAUACAAUUAAUAUAAAUACUAAUGAACAAACAUUCAAUGAAUUAAAACAAUCUUAUCAACAUUUAGAAUAUCAAUCUAUUCAAGAUCAAAUUACUAUAAAAGAUUUAAAUAAACGUUUAAUUGAAUGCCAAAAUGAAUUAGAUCAAUUAAAAACUAUUAAAUCUGAUUUAGAUCAUCAAUUCAAUGAUUUACAUAUUCAAUUGAAUACUAUACAAUCUGAACGUGAUACCAUUAAAAAUCAAUUGAAUGAAUUAGAAUUACGUUAUCAAACAUUAAAUGUUAAUUUAGAUCAUGAACAUUAUAAUUAUACUAUAUUAAAAACAGAUAAAGAACAAUUAGAAUAUCAUAUUCAUCAAUUAAAUAAUGAAUUAAAACAAAAAUCGAAUGAAUUAGAUCAAAUGAAACAAUUAUUGAUUUCAUCUAAAUCAUCCGUAGAUCAUCAUCAAAUUGAUUCUUCUACUUCUAUUAGACAGGAACAUGAUGAUCCUGAUCAUGCUGAUCCUGAUCGUGAUCGUGAUCCUGAUCCUGAUCAUCAUCAUGAUAAUAAAGAUCGAAUUAUAACACAACAAAAUGAAAUGAUUAAUAAUUUAAAGAAUCAAAAUCAAAAUUUAUUAAUAGAAAAUCAAGAAGUACAAGAGAAAUGUAAAACAUUUAUGAAUAUUGUUCAUGAAUUACGUAAUAAUUUAGAAGGACAAAUUAAUGAAUUAACAGAACAAUUACAUAAUACACAAGAAUUAAAUAUCAAUUAUAUAAAACAAUAUAAAGAAACAAAUGAAUUAUUAGAACAAAUGAAAUUAAUUAAACAAAAUUUAUAUAAUGAUCUUAUAGUCACUAAAGAUCAAUUAAAAAUUACAUUAGAUACAAAACAAACAAUAGAAGAACAAUUAAAACAAAAAGAAAUUGAAUUAUCUAUUACACAUGUAAAUUUACGUAACUUAGAUACUAAUUUCAAUUUAUUACGUAAUAAAUCUAAUCAUGAAAUAAUCGAUUUAAAUAAUAUAUUAAAUAGAAAAUCAGAUGAAAUUAAUAAUUUAUCUAAACAAUUAGAUGAAUUACGUAAUCAUUGUAGUACAAUAGAAUUAACAAAUAAUACACUGACUGAUAGAAUACAACAAUUACAAAAAGAUAAAGAAAUACAACAACGUAAUUUAGAUACAUUAGUUGAAAAGUUCUAUAGUGAAAUGAAAUCGCGGACAAUACCCGCUCCUAUAAAAUCAAAAUCGAAUUCUAAUUCUAAUCAUCAUAAUGAUGAAUAUAAACAAUUAGAAAAAAAAUAUAAAAAUUUACAAUCCACUAAUUAUAAAGAUAUACAAAAUUUACAACAUACAAUAGAUCAAUAUAAAAAAGAUUUAUCAGAACGUAAUCAACAUAUAACACAAUUAACCGAACAAUAUCAAAUGAUUUAUAAAGAAUUAAUACAACAAAAACAAUUAGAAAGAAAUUUACGUACACGUUUAAAUUAUUAUGUACAAAUACAAUCAAUAUCAAUGAAACAAUCUAUGAAUAAUAAUAAUAAUAAUAAUGAUCCAGAUCAUGAUAAUGAUGAUCUGAAUACUUCUACUUCUAUUCCGACUGGUACAACAACAACCACAACUACGACUACUACUCCUCUAAUGGAUCAUUCAAUACAAUCCCAGAAUCCAACAUUAAUAUUACCUAGUAAUAAUAAUAAUAAUAGUAUUACAAUGGAUCCAAUCUGUGGACUAAAUACAAAUAUAUUAAAUAUAGUAUUAGAAGAUAUUGUUGAUAUUGAUAGUAAAGGACGUGGAAAAAAUAAAUUAAUAUGGUUACCAAAAUAUGUUGUAUUAAAACGUUUUUCAUUAUUAUUUUAUACAUCACGUAGUGAAUAUGAAUCAAAUCCUUCAUUAGCUGAAGAAAUUCCAUUAUAUCAGAUUAUGCAUGUACGUGAAGCAACUGAAUUAGAUUUAAUUCAUGCAAAAAAAGAAGAUUUAAAUAGAACUAUUCAAUUAUUUUAUCAAAAUUCAACUAAAAUUCAACAUCAUAUUUAUGAAACUAAUAUCAUAAAUAAUGAUGAUAAUGAUAAUAUUGAUUUAUAUAAUACAACUAUUACAUCAUCAAUAGUACCACCAACACCACCAUCACAACAACAACAACAACAACCACAGCAACAACAACAACCACAGCAACCACAACAACAACAUCAAUCUUUAUUAAAAUUAUCAAGUAAAUCAAAUCAAGAUAUUACUACUCUUAUCAAUAGUAAUAAUACUACUAUUAAUACUACUAAUACUACUACUACUACUACUAAUAAUAAUAAUAAUAAUACAAUACAAUGGAUGAAUCAUAAUUUUCAAUUAAUGCGUUUUCAUUUAGGUAAUGUAUUAUGUGAUAUAUGUCAUAAAAAUUGUUCUGAUUUAUUAAAUCCACCAAAAGCAUUAGAAUGUUUACAAUGUCGUAUGCGUAUACAUUUUGAUCAUAUUGAUAAACAUGAAAAAUUUGUAUCAUGUCAUAAUGCUACUAAUGUACGUUAUAUAAGAAUGUCUAAUUCAGCUAUAUGUAAAUUAUGGAUUGAACAAUUAAUGUAUUUACGUCAAUAUUUAAAAGAAUUACAAUAUACAAAUGAACAAACUAAUAUAGAUAUUGGAGAUAAUAAUAAUAAUAAUAAUAAUAAUAAUAAUAAUAAUAUUGUACAUAUGAAUUCAAGUAAAUCAUUAUAUCGUAGUAUACGUUCUGGUUCAUUAGGUCCAACUUGUUUAUCUAGUACUAGUACUAGUACAUCAACAACAACAACAACUACUACGACAUCGACGACGACGACAACGACGACGGGGAUGACUCCAAUGACAACAUCAAUGAAUUCAACAAAUCAAAAAUCAGAUUUUCAAUAUUCAUUUCGUAAAAAAUUAAUAGAACCAAUAAGAAAUGUUACAAAUAAUAUGACAACAUCUAAUGUUAGUCAUUUAUUAUUAUCAUCAUCAUCAUUAUCAUCAUCAAAAUAUAAUAAAUCACCACGUUCAUUAUCACCAUCUAAUAAUAAUUAUCAAAAAUAAAUAGUCUAUUUAAAUUGAUCCACUUUCUUAUUGUUGCUUUGUAUAUGUGUGUAUGUAUAUGUGCGUGUGUGUGUGUGUGAGUGUGUGUGUGUUAUUUCUUACAAUCAAUCAGUUGCCAACUAUGAUUAUCAUGAUGAUGAUGAUAAUGAUAAUAUUGUCUUCUGUAUUGUUUCUAUAUUAUUGUCUAUGGUUAAAAAGAAAAGUUUUCUUUUUCUUUUUUCUACUUUUUAUAUUACAUCAUACAUAUGUACUAUUUCUGUACAUUUUUUAUUUUUUAAAAAAAAUUGUACAAUCAGUCAUGUCUUCUUUUUUUUUCUUUUCACACCCACCUACCCCCCUGAAUUGUUUUACAUUCACAAACCUUUAUUCUGUGAUCCCCUACUUUUUAUUGACCGAUCUAUCUAUAUAU